AUGUCUUUCACUAAUCUGGUGUAUAAACAAACUAGAUUUGGUUCGCAAAACAGAUCGUUUAGUAGCGAAUGGUACAAACAAUAUACUUGGUUGGAGUAUAGUAUAAAAAGCAACGCAGCAUUUUGCUAUGUAUGUGGAAUGUUUGCUGAUGAACUUAUUGACGAAGUUUGGACAAAUAAAGGAUUUUCCAACUGGCAAAAACUUAAUGAAAAACUGAAAAAACAUGCCAAAACAAAGCGACAUUUAGUUUGUCUAUCUAAGAUGAAUGGCUACUUAGCUUGUAAGAAAUCUGGUUCUGUUAUGGUAAAGCAGUGUAGCGGCUAUAAGGAACAAGUGGCCAAAAACCGUGCCUACAUUUGUAUGCUUAUUGACAUAAUAUUAUUUUUGGGGAAACAAGGCAAUUUUAAGGAAUUAUGUGGACUUUUAUCAAAUUAUCAGCCAGAUUUCAAAAACAAAUUUGAUGAAACAACAAAUUAUACGAGCUGGUCUAUUCAAGAUCAAUUAAUUAAAUUGUGUGCAGAAGAUAUAAGAGAAACUAUUGUCAAAGAAAUUGAUAAGAUUGAUUUUUUUGCUUUAAUGUGUGACGAAGCUAGAUGUUAUAGAGAAGAGCAUUUGUCAAUUUGUGUAAGAUAUACCAUUGACUUGGAUGUAUAUGAAAGAUUUUUAUGCUUUGUUGAUGUUUCAAAAAGACAAACUUCCAACCAUAUCGUUACUGCACUGUUUGAAUGUUUUGAAAAACAAAAACUGACUAUGUCCAAAAUCAAAAUAAUUGCACAAUCAUAUGAUGGUGCCAGUGUUAUGUCCGGACACUUACGCGGUGUUCAAUCAAGAAUUAAAGAACACUAUCCAUACGCUGUAUACACUCACUGUAUGGCACACCGCCUUAAUUUAGUAGUUGUAGAUACAUGUAAGACAAUAAAGAGUGUAAAACAUGUCUUUAAUGUGCUUGAAGCAAUAUAUGUUUAG